AUGCGACAAAAUUUGAAGCGCAAAGCUGUAGAAGAAUCUGGUCCAAUAGAUCGUAUGGUAGAAGAAGCAUUUCAUGCAAUUGAUCACCAAUGGCAAUCAAAAGAUUUAAUUGUGAAUUUACCGGCGAUUCGUACAAUGAAAAAUACUUUACAAAAGCAACGUCGCAAAACUCGUCCACCAAUUCCUCACACAAUUGAAAAACUUCCAUUUCCAUUACCCGACGCAUAUUGCAAAACAGCACAUGAUGAUCAAUUUCUGUUUUAUGAUGGACCACUUGGUGAUAUUCGUUCACUUAUUUUUUGCUCUUACAAUGAUUUGCUGUAUUUAUCACAACACGAAGAUUGGUAUUGUGAUGGUACAUUUUAUACAUGUCCAUCAAUUUUUUAUCAAAUUUAUUCAAUUCAUGUUUACCAUGAUGGAAUCUCAACACCUUGCAUUUUUGCUUUACUUGGAAGCAAAUCUGAAGUAGUUUAUAAUGAUCUAUUUACAGUGAUAUUCAGAAAAAUGUUUGAAUUCAACUUAACUAUUAGAUUAAGAACGGUAACGAUUGAUUUUGAAUUAGGUGUUUAUAAUGUAUUUAAGAAAAAUUAUUCAACUGUUAUUGUUCGUGGAUGUUUAUUUCAUUAUGGGCAACGUUUAUUUCGCAAGUUUGUCGAUUUAGGUUUAAAGGUGUCUUACAAUAAUGAUGAAAAUCUUCGUGACUGGUUUAGGUCAUUUGCAGCAUUAUCUUUAUUACCAUUAAAUCAUAUGUUAUGGGGUUUACAAUAUUUAAUUCAAAAUCGACCUGAAUAUCCAGGUAUUCAAGAAUUCCUUACUUAUUAUCAUACUACAUAUGGACCAUUCAGCAAAUUUCCACCACAUAUGUAUAAUCAUUAUCGUAAUAUUACACCACGUACAAUUAAUUAUUUGGAAGGUCGUCAUUCUAGAAUGAAGAAACAUGUUAAUGCUCCACAUCCAAAUAUUUAA